GGCCAUUUUGGCGUCAUAUUUAUAUUUACACUUUUAAUAAAACGCACAUUUGAUUUUCAGUUUCUUUCACUGACAUUGAAAAGGAGAAACUUCGACAGCUGCCUAAUCGGGAAUGUAUCCUAUAUUUUGUCAAAUGCUCAGAUAUUGUUUAUGUUUAUGAUAUACUGUAUAUGGUAUGGCUGUACAUGCAUGGUAUAUAGUUAUUUGAAGCUUAUACUGAUAUCACUUGACGUCGCCACUGAAAAUCACUUUUGUGACUGGACGCCCUGACUAAAUAUUGUGUAUUGUUUCAACUUAACACUGUUACUAGAUAUUUUCGAUCAUGAAGAAAUUUCAGUUUGCUACAGUCUGGUCGAUAUUAUGUUUGCAUUUUCUUAUAACAAGCGUACAACGUUUGGUGAGAAUACGGUAAGAAUAAUGCUAGCCCGUGCUGAAUUUCUACCCAGUUAACCUCAAAUUGUCUGUUUCACGAUUACAUGGUAAAUUUCAACCCGGGCCAAGUUAAGAUUUCACUCGUGCAAACGCGGGGAUGAAUUCUUAGCCCGGGCUGAAACGAUCAAGUCUCAAAAUGGAGCUAUAUUUAAAAUAUUGAAUAAAGAAUUUAAAAUGUUAUUCAUGUCUGUUAUUUGACUUGUGCGAGUCUUAAAAUAGUGCAGACAAAAUAAAUCCACUUCGGAAGGAUUGUCUUUCAACCUAGGCUGAAAUUUCCAGUCGAUUACAUGCCGAAUUUCUGCCCGAUCAACUUGGGGUUAGGGUUAGUUAAAUAAAAAGAUAGAUGUGAAGUGAGAAGAUGUGAAGUUACUGUAUAGCCGUGUAGAGGUUAGAUCUAACUUUAGAAAUUAGAGAACUUUUUCAACCUACCUACCCCCCCUCCCCCCCCCUCAAGGCGCUUUUUUCUUUCGAUCACGAGUAUGAGAUUAUAAUACGAAAUUGUGAAAGGGUCAACACUUUUAAAUACAUUUUACAGGUCGAAUCAGCAUGGACCAUUUCUAAAUUGAGUUCAACAUUAUCAUGGUUUGAGGUAACAUAAUAAUUUAUUAUCUGUCAAACUGAGCGUGUUAAUAACUUCUUAUUAACCGAACGCGAGGUCUGUAUAGAGAAAUAUCGGGCCGAGGUCUAGUUCAGUUAUUUUGUUUCGUUCUGUUCCGGGUUUUAGAAUGUCAAUGGCACACAUGCGGCCGAUCAUCUGUUGUACUUUCUAAGGUAAUCCCUUGAUAUAGACCUGUUUACCCGUCUUACCUAUUACUUUUCUAGAGAUUUACAAGUUUGGAAGAAGUGCUAGAUGCCUGUGUCCGCCGCUCUUUAUCCUACCCACUGUACAGAUACUGGGAAUUAAGUUGUAAAGUUUUGCAAGAUGUUAAAGAUAUCUUUAAACUUGGUAAAGUUCUUCUAUAAAUAGUACAUAACUCAUAAGUUGUUUUUUACCUACCCGGAAAUAACUUUAAAAAAGUAUCCGUAUAAAAUGUACAAAUUUCAUUUUGAUUUGAAAUUUUCAAAUUUUGUCUGAAAUUUCUUCGAUUUCGUGUGGACUCCCGGUGCCUAUAUUGGGUAAAUCUAUAGAAAUAAUAGAUAUCUAUUAUUCCUAUGGGUAAAUCACGUCAAUAAAUUAUAAUACUUUAUCGGCAACUACUGUUGAUCGAUUCGAAAACUAACCGCCACAAGUUUUUCAAUAUUUUAUAUUUUAUGCAUUACUAGGCUAACAAGCAAAUUUUCAACAGAGUCUUUGUCUUAUUCAAGACAAAAGUGUUUAAAAAUUUAUGAUUGAAACAAUCCAAGCAAGUGAAAUUAUAGCCAUUUGAAAUUCUCUGCAUAAAGCAUGCACCAAAACCCAGUCAGUCUUCAUUCGGCAAAAUCUAGCAGAAACUCCGGUAUUUUUUUACUUAAUUUCUCAAAAGCAAUAUACAGUGUAUUAUAUUUAUACUUCGUAAAACUGUUAGUCUUGAAGUAUUGUGUAAGUUGAAAUUAAUUUUGGAAGAAAAAAUAAUGACAGGUAUAUUUAGAAUCGACUCAUACUGUAGUUUUUGGUUAACCCAAUCUUUUGAGGAAACUGAUAACUAAAGUAUUUUUGUCGGGACAAAAUUUCCGACCAAUUUUGCAUUUGGUUGGGAAAACUAACUGUAAGAAAAUAUCCGAUGUUCGACCGUUAUUUGAGGCUCUGAUUUUACUGAAUUUGAGACUAUGCAUUGCUCAAAAGUCAAAAUAACACUUUAUUGAUCCAUUUUGCAUUUAAAUUUAAAUGUAUAGGUCGUAGAAAGAUCUUGAAAUGUUUACUCGAGAUUUUGAUGCUAUUUAAUGAAAGUGAACCGCGGUAUCUUCUCAAUGAACUUUACAUCACUGAUUAUUGCAUUUGGCUUCAAAAAGUAAAGUAAGUACAAGCGGAAACGUGUUCUUUUGUUUAUCAAGUGUCUGUAGCUUUUGUUUGUUUGUUUGUUUGUUUGUUCGUUUGUUCGUUUGUUCGUUUGUUCGUUUGUUCGUUUGUUCGUUUGUUCGUUUGUUCGUUUGUUCGUUUGUUCGUUUGUUUGUUUGUUUGUUUGUUUGUUUGUUUGUUUGUUUGUUUGUUUGUUUGUUUGUUUGUUUGUUUGUUUUUUUGUUUGUUUUUCUUUGCAAGUUUUAUAUUUUUUGAAGUCAGUUGCUGUUUUGAAAGAAUGCAUUAUUAAAUUUUCAAGAGGUUUUGUCUUUAUGGAGUCCAAUGUAUACAACAUCGUAUUUACUCGGUCUUGUUUAUCGCCCAAACUGAGGUGGGCAAGGCAUAAACCUCGGCGAACGAAAUAUUUUGAAGGGCAAGAAAAGAUUUUCCAAACAUUUUCAGGCUUGCUUGUUCGGAGUUCGACAAAUUUCCCUGCUUACAGAUUGAUCGUGCCCGUAUUUCUAACGUAGGGAAAGAAAAAUCGAGUCUUUGGCAAAGAAAUUGUUGGAGGUGAGAAAAAUCGUACAUAAUUUUGUUCAUUUAAUAUUGUAUGUAUGCAGUGCAUGGUAUUGGUCACUUCAAAUAGUGCAUAUAACCAAUUCGUAUGGCUGGUUGACGCAAAACUUCAAGUUAGGCUGCGAAAACAGACCUGGGUUAUUUUUGACCUGGUCAAACAGACCAUCUUUUUAAAAUGCGCCAGGAAAAUUAUUGUUUUGCUACCCGCUAUCAUCGAGGAAUAGAGAGCAAGUAAAGUUAAAAUUUUGUGCUUUCCGAAUACAUAUCGUCUAUAUUUCUCUUUCGACACACUUUAAAUAAUUAAUUGAUUAAAAUCAUACAUAUAAAAAUUUAAUCAUACAUACAAAUAAAAAUUUUUUUAAAAAAUUACAAAGUUGGCGGUAAAAUAUUCGUAAUUUGUAAAAAAAAAAUUAUUUGUAUAUAAUAUGAUUUUAAUCAAUUAAUUAUUUAAAGUGUGUCGAAAGAGAAAUAUGGACAUAUCGUCUUCGAAAAGCACAAAGUUAUCAAGCUCUUUCCUUGCUUCAACUAGAGAAAUUUCCCAAAUAUAAGAGUUAAAAUUACAGCAUUUGCAAUAGUAUACUUGUAUGAUUCUAUUGACGAUUAAAUUUUUAUUUCCAAGACCGAAAUAAGAAAAGAAUCAAUUGGUUGGGACCUAAAGGAACUGGAAACAGCCGCUAUUCUUGUAUAUAAUGAAGAGAAAGACCAUACCGCAGAUUCCGAAUCGAGUUCGUCCGAAUAUUCAACGGAAGACGACGAUGAAGAAACGGAAAGUAACGAUAGCACAGAUGGUGAUUCCACUGAAGUUGAAGAAGAAAUGAUUCAGCAAAAUGCUAUAAAAUGUUCUGAAAAGGCAAGUUUAUGUGAAGGUGAGUUGGAACAUGGUGAAAAAGGUACGGUGUAUCAGACAUUACGUGUUUUAAAUACGAAGCAAGCCAAUUUAAGUGUAAGGAAAAACGAAACUGAUUCAGAAAAUGAAAAAUUUCAUGAAGUGGAAGUACUGCCUUCAUUGUUUCCCAAACAACAAUUUGGCGGGAAAGACUUAGUGGAAAUUAUAGGUGGCGAUGAAGACGAUAAUAAUACAGUUUUUGCUGUUGAAGCAGAGAAAAGCGGAAUCAAUAGAACAAUAAAUGAAGGCGAAAAAGAGAUCGUUUUAACUGGAGAAACAGGUGAACAAGAUCUUUCUUGUAAAAUAUCGAGACUUGUUAUUAAAUGAAUGACAUUCGUGUCUUUUGACAUUAGGUACACUCUGAUGUCUGAAUGACAUUGAUAUAAAUAGCAACAAUAACGUAAUGCCAAUGAAAUUUUCAUAGCAAUACCAUGCAUGCUUUCUGAGAAAUUACAAAAAUCAUAAGAAAAUUUUUAAAAAAUAAUUAAGGAUGAGGUGUUUAUCUUUUUUAUGUAAAUGUACAUGCAAAACAUCUUUAAUGAAGACAACUGCAGGAACGGUUGGGCGAGAGGUUGUAUGUCUAAUACAACACGGACGUGAAUUUGUAUGUCUGAUACAACACGGACGCGAAUUUGUAUGUCUGAUACAACACGGAUGCGAACACUCAUAUUCUUCAACAAUUUAAAAUAAAUAAAUGAUAUUUGGUGAGAAAAUUGAACUUAAAGUGUAUGUAAAUCAGCAUGAUUUUGUAUCAGAUAUAUACACACUCCUUCAUGCUGAUAAUUUCUUUUGUGUUUUCUUCAUGAAUUAUUAGUGUAGAGUUUCACAUGUACUAUUUAAAACAUGAGCAGUAGUGUUAAAGAUACGUGUUAAACAGUGUUAAACAGAUCUAAGCCCUAAGGAUACGAAGCAAAGCCGAGUAUCUUUAGGUCUGAUAAAACACGCACUGCGAAUGUUUUAAAUUGCUUCAAAAACGAUCGAUCUAGUAAGUUCAUUGUCAAGUAAUUUGAAAAAAAUACGUUGUGUAGGUCGAGAAAAUCAAAGUUAAAGUUUAUGUAAAUCAAGGGAAAUCUCUAUCACAUAUAAAGAUACGACACGCUUAUGAUUUUUCUUUGCGUUUUCCUCAUGCUGAAUUAUUAGUGCGUUUUUGAAGCGUAUAUCUACAGUUUUACUGCAUGUAAUAAGCGUAUAUACAAUUGUGACUUGCAUUUAUGGAAUAAUAGUGCUAGACACGUGAUAAGAGCAAGAAGAAAAAUUCUAGCAGUACCAUUAGGCUCCACAUUGGGAACCCAGCGUCCGUUUUUGCAAAGGGUGAGAGGCGCCAUAAAGUUCUUGCCAUAAUAUGAUGUUAAAUACGUCGAAUGAUCUCUGGGACAUUUUGAAGUUAUUCCAAGAUACGAACAUGACUUUAAUGGAAACAAAACUUCUCGUUUGUGAAAUACGUUUCUGUAUUCAUCCCAUAAAACAUCUCCAUGGGUUUCAAUCAUGAAAAUAUCCAGGUAUAUUUUAGUGUGAAUGUAUAGUCGAGCGUGCGGGUCAAGUAUUGAACAAUCAUCGGUAGUCGUUCUGACAAUUUUACCAUAACAGUCCUGUCGAGGCGUAUGAGGUUGAGGGUGUGGAGAAUGUUUUUGAAGAAGCAAGUGAAUCUUUCCAUCAUUCAAGUCCAGAGGUUUCUUUGAUUCUUCAGCGUAUAAUUUAUGGUAAUCAUUUCGUAACAUACAAAUAUCUGCGUCGGUAUCUAAAGGUAUAAUAUCGCCGUUGCGUAGAGAACCUAACAUGGAACCAAAACAGAUAAAAAACUUGCUAAUAUUUCUACGUUCAGCUAUGAGGUUCCAAGUUUGAAGUAAAAUUUGAAGACCUUCUCUGUAAGGGUUCUCUUGACAACCUGUUCCAUAAUAUUCAUUCUGAAGAUGAAGCGCAUUCUGUUGUGUGUCAACCAUAUCGUGUAUCUGAAUGUCUUUUUUCCACAAUGAGGGAAAUCCUUUAUAUGGCUGGAUAUCACUUUGUAGAUUAUUUUCAUCGCUUACAUAGACAACAGUUAACAUUCCAUAUGAAAGAGCGAUGAAAAUAGGGAUAAGCUUUCUUCGAGAUGUCAUGGUCCUUGUUCACGUUGAAUAAACAGUUCUGACUACGCCGGGUGCUUGUCACCGACAAGAGUAUUCUACACUUAAGUUACUAAUUUGCAUAUAUAUCAUCGAUUAUCCUGAUUCCAAAGGUUCUUGUGUAUAAAUUACGUAUAACAUAAUAUAAUACGGCGGCAUAAGAACAUCUCAGUAUGGCUUCUGCAAUAAACAAUAAAUUAUUUACGCGUAUAUUAGUCAACUUGAUAACAUUCUGAAACUAUAAUAAUAUGAAACUGAAAAUAUGAAAUUGAGAAUAAUACGAAACUGGUUUUUCAUAUCUCUGAGGAUGGUUCUGAAAUUGGUAACGUUGAGCUUCUUGGAAUCGAAGAGUCAAAACUGAUAGCGUCUGAUAGAAUGUUUUUCUUGUAAAAUAUUAGUUAUUUAUAGUUACUUCAUAUCUACUAAAGGUCCAGACACACUGGACGCGAUUCGACAACGCGACGCGAUUUUUCGAUUUUCACUGACCGAUAACUUUGAUUCGAGUUUAAAUUUUCCAAAUAUUUAGAAGCGGUAUAACAUUUUGAGUUAUUUGGUCUACAUAUCUUUCAAAAUUUGUUCUCAUUGGCUGUUUUAUUAACUUUCAAAAACUAAAAAAUCGCGUCGCGUUGUCGAAUCGCGUCAAGCGAAUAAAAGACCUCGCGAAAUUUACACACGCGCGAAAUUAAAUACCUUAGGGCGCUUUCCAUUUAAACACGGUCAGAACGGUCAAUUUGUUGAAUGGAACACAAAACGUUUGAGCUUUGGACCUACCGUAUUUACUCGUUUGAGCGCCGCGGCGCUCUUUAAAUUUUCAGAGCUUCAGAUGCGGUGCUCAUUCGGGGGCGGCGCUCAAUCGGGGGCGGCGCUCUUUAAAAACAUCUUUUAUUUGUGAAUUAUAUCAAGAACUUUUGACAAUAAAAUAAACAAGUUUUGAAUGUCUUUGUCACUAAAUGUCCCCAUUUGACGGUGGAAAAUUAUUACACUGUUUAGUGCGGCGCUCAUUCGGGGGUGGCGCUCUUUAAAAAAAUAUGAUCUCAAAUGCGGCGCUCUUUCGGGGGCGGCGCUCAAUCGGAGGCGGCGCUCAAACGAGUAAAUACGGUAUCUGACCGGAAAAUUUAUAUAAAAUUAGAACGAGGUCCAUUUUCGCUAGUUCUUUCCAUUGAUACAGAGACAAAAAUUCGGGUCUGACAGUGUCAGGCCAUUAAACGGAAAACGUUAUAGUCGAAAUUUACACACGCGAAAUUAAAUACCUACACUGUUAUUUCCAAGGAGUGUUAUUUUAAUACCCCUUGGUGUCAGAGGGGUGUUAAAAAACAAAGGGAAUUUAAUUAAGGUGCACUAUUUCAAAUCGUAUAGGAUCAAAAAUUCGCUAAUAUUUUGGUCUUUGAGAUCCAUAAUAUUAAGAAAAAUAAGCAUGGAUAUGGGCAAGGAAUUUUUUGGCAUAUUUUGACCGUAUAAGUAUGCUAUAAUAUACAACAAAUGUUUUUGUUUCAAAGCGGCUUUGCUGUUAGGCUCGGUUCCAGCCAUUCCCUCUUGAGAGCCCCCUUAGAGGGAACGGCUGGAAUGAUUAGUCUCAUUGUUAAUCCAAAAUAGAAUUAAACAUCGACAAAGUAUAUCUGUUCGAAACUUCUCAUUCCCUUUUAAUUUGCUUGUGUAUACCCGUGUACUAGACAGCGAAAUUUAAUAUUACAAAAUAUGAUACUUUCUGUUGGAUUUCUGUUUUCAAAAAGCAAAGGAAUUCAGGCACUUUUUCAAAACAUACGAACACAAAUUCGUUAAUAUAUUGUUGUCUUCGAUAAUAGUAAGAUAAAUAGACAAUGAAUAUGAAAGGAGUUUUUCGGUUUAUUCUGACAACAGGCAGUAACGAGGGCAGUAUAAAGCUCAAAAUAUACAAAUAUUAACAAGUUUGGUUGUAAGUUUUUUGUAGGUUUGCAUGGCGAUAAAACAUAUAAUAUUAUUGUUUGUGGAAACACCACGUAAAUUUAUUACUGCAAAGCUUUCGAUCCGUAAGCCCGGAUCUUCAUCAGUGCUAUAUUAUUAGCACUUACUUUACGGAUCGAAAGCUUUGCAGUAAUAAAUUUUAAUACGUGGUGUUUCCACAAACAAUAUUAUUUAUAUACGAUUGGUUGUGUUUCAACGCGGAUUGCUUUUUUUAGUCUCAUCAAACCUAAAUCGUACGAGCUAAACGUUCAACAACCAGGUGACAAUGUUAUUCAAUGUUAUAGUUUUUGUUCAAAACAUGCCUUUUGCCUUGUAAAAACUGUAAAAUAUUUAAAGAAACUUACCGAAUCUCGACGUUUUCAGAAAAGCUUUAAGCAACAAGAACGGCCAAGAACAGAUAUGGACAAACGCCAAAAGUUUAGCAGUCCGUAUAGUCUUUUUUUGUUAAGUUUUAGUCAACAAAUUUCACAAAAAACAAUCCUCACAUGGUCUGUUUCCGCAACAUAAAUGCAAUAUAAAAUUUUAUUCUCAAUAGAAUUCAAGGUAAGCAAGGUCACAGAGGAGAGAUAUACAGAAAGGAGACUGAUACUCGAUAAUAACCUCAAUUUUUGUAUCACGCGCGCCACGCAAAAUUCCCCAAAAUUUUCGCAGAAAUUUCAUAGCAAAAGAUAGGGAAAACGCCGUUCGAAAGGUGAAAAUCGCUUUUUUUAAAAAAAAAUGAGAUACCCAUGGAAAUGUUGUUCAAUAAAUUAUUUUUAUUGAUUUCCUUUUAUUAAAAGUGUUAAUAUAACAUUUUAUUUUGCAAAAGUUUUUUUUCCCUAUCUACUCCUUAUUAAAAUCGUGAAAUGCACUGGCUGGGAAUUUUAGAUGCUCAUGUAUAAAAAACAAAGCAGCGAAUGAUAUAAAUUCCUCAAAAUAUAACUCUUGCUUAAAAAAUAAACAUGAAUACUUCUAUAAUAUGUAUAGUUUUAUUCCUCUGCAUUGUCAAAAUGUAAUAAAAUAGAGAAUUAAUAUAAUUUUAUAUAGUUAAUAGACUGAAUAUAUUGGCGUGACAUAAUUUGCCGCGAGUUUCCUCUCUGUAUAUCUCUUCUCUGUGGCAAGGUAGAUACAUAUACAGAGCUGGAACCAUAUAAGCCCAAAAAUGCGUGUUAAAUUUUACCCUCGCGCGUGGCGCUCGUGGAAUGCAUCGAUUUAUUAUUAUUAUGUCAUAAUAUCUGCCUCGUACCCAGGCGUCUCUUUGUAAAAAAAACAGUGAUGCGCAUAUGGCGAGUUUACAUGAAGUAUUGUAAUGCCUUCCCAACAGCCUCUUCGCGCGUCGCCUUCCAGAAUACUUCAUGUAUUAUAAUUAUUAAAGCGCCUGGGUACGAGGCAGUCAUAAUAUCGUUUAACACGCAUUUUGGGCUGCCUAUGCUGGAACUGACCAUUGUAAACACUGCGGAAACUUACGUUUUCAUGUACCCACUUUUUUUCAGGAGACCGGACAAAAAAUGAUCAACUGCGCGUGCUCGGCAAGUUCCGCGAGCAGUUAAAGCGAGUCUCCAUCAUAGAUAUCUUAUAUACACUAGAUAGUGCACCUAAUUAUUCUGCAAUUCAAAGAUUGAAGCCGUGAUUGCAGAUAUUCCCAUGAAAUGAGAAGACUCGUAUGUUUUCUAAUUCUUAAACAGGGAACUUAAACAUUAAGUUAAACCUAUUCCACAUACAUUUUCAAACUAUUCAAAUAAUGAAAGUUAUUGUUGUUUUUUUAAGCGUUUAUUAGCGAGUGGGAAACUCCAGCAUGGCCGCCAUCUAUUCAAUUGGGGGUAACCGCUGGAAUAUUCUUGGCUUCAAUUUUACUAAAAGAGAUGCGCUAUCUAGUGUAGAUAUAAGAUAUCUAUGAUCGCCAUCCAAUGAGAUGCAUGCAACUAGUAACUUGCUGAGUAUGCGCACAAAAAGUGGCUACACUAGUUAUAACUCUGUAUAUGUAUCUACUCUGUGGUCACAGUGUGUGCGCAGCCUGAGUCACUCCCGACGAUCGGAGGUCCAAUUCCUGGAUGCUGCAAAACACGGCCAAACGAUGCGAAACCAGUUUGAAAAGUAAUUUCGCAAGCCAAAGUUGUCAGCCCCAGGCCGCUAAGCCGGAUUUAAGGUAGGAGGGUGCAGUGGUGGGCGGGCAAGAUUUUUAACCCCCGAAAUGAGGUUAAAUUUUAACCCAGAAUUAUGGUAUUUUAACCACAAAAAACGGAUUAUUUUAGACUUUUUUUUGUAACCCCUGAUUUGGGGGUUAAAAUAACACCUUGAAAAUA